CCUGACAACCAGGAACCCACUCUCUGACUCUGUGGAUCUGCCUGUUCUGGACGUUUCCCAUCAAUGGAGUCACACCCUGUGUGUCCUUCUGUGUCUGGCUUCUCUCACUGAGCAUCGUGUUCUCGGGGUCCGUCCACGUGGUAGUGAGUGUCAGAGCAUCACCCCUUUUCACGGCUGAGUGAUGCUCCCAUGUGUGGAGGGACACGUCUGUCUGUUGAAGGGCAUUUGUGUUGCGUCCACCGUUUGGCCACUGUGAACACACGUGUGCAGGUUUCUGAGGCCCUGUCUUUCGUUCUCUUGGGCACGCACCUAGGCGUGGAACUGCUGAGUGAUAUGAUUAUUCGGUGAUUAACGUUUUGAGGAGCCGCCAGGCCUUCCCCGGCCCGCGGCACUACUUUACAUCCCUGCCAGCCUGUCUGAGGUUCCAAUUCCCCACCUCCUCACCAACACUGUAUUUUUUCUGCCCUUUUCAUUCCAGCCGUCCUAGUGGGUGUGAAGUGGUGUCUCGCUGUGGUUUUGAUUUGUGCAUUUCCCUGAUGACUAAUAAUUUUGAGCAUCUUUUCACGGCAUGUUGGCCAUUUGCGUAUCUUGGGAGAAACGUCUAUCCAAAUCCUUUGUCCAUUUUUAAGUGGAUUCUUUGUCUUUUUGUUGUUGAGUUGGGAGAGUUCUUUAUAUAUUCUGAAUACUCAACCCUGUCUUUCUCUCCCCUUGGCCUCAUCUCUUGCCCAGGCUCUGAGUGCCUGAAACCUCUGAAGACCCUGCUUCAGAAGGGGAGACAACCUCUCCAGGACCACCUGGCUCUGGGGGCUCCAUGGCCGCACCUGCCCACUUUAGAGAUGCACAGACUGAGGGCGGGAGAGUGACCCGGCCAGGUGCCCACAGAUAAAAACCCUGUAAGUGAGAAGCUGGACACAGAAGACACACAGUGUGUGAUUCCAUUGAUGGGAAAUGUCCAGAACAGGCCAGUCUACAGACAGAGAGUGGGUUCCUGGUUGUCAGGGGCUGGGGGAGGGGAGGGGGAAUGACUGCUGAUGGGGACGGGGCUUCUUCUGAGGUGAUGGAAUGUUCUAAAAUUGGGGUGGUGGCUGCGUAACUCUGCAAAGAUACUAAAAACGAUGGAAUUGCACGCUUUAAACAGAUGAAUUGUGUGGUACUCGAAUUAUAUCUCAAUAAAGCUGUUUAAAAAAAAUAAAAAGCAGUAAAACACACACACACAUGCAAACGCCAAUAGGACUCAAUCCCAGGACAGGAGGGCAGUGGUGGAACCUCCAGCACUCAGGCUGGAAAGCCAAGCGGAGCCCCCAUUGUGAGUGGCACGGCUGGGUGUCAGCCUCACCCACAUCUGACGGGUCGCCCACCGUACAGACGGGAGGACGGGGCACAGGGUGGGCAGUUGGAGGGCCCAGGCAGGCCCCAGGAGCGGUUGGCUCUGGAGGCCUUGGGCAACUUCCCCUGUUUCUGACGGGAGGGGCCGGGCCCUGGGUCGGGGGUGUGUCGAUGGCCAAGGCGCCAGGUAUAAGGGCGCCACCAUCCCAGCCACCCCCAUCGGCCCCCGUCAUGACGGCACUCAGACUGCUGGGCCUGCUGGCCGGCCUGCUGGCGACCUCCAGGGCUGGCUUGGCCCCGCGGGCGGACAUCGUGGGUGGCAGGAAGGCCCGGCGGCAGGAAUUCCCAUUCCUGGCCUCCAUUCAGACCCAAGGGCGGCACUUCUGCGGGGGCGCCCUGAUCCACCCCGGCUUCAUCCUGACAGCCGCCAGCUGCUUCCAAAGCCGCAACACCGGGACUGCCACUGUGGUGCUGGGGGCCCACAACCUGAGGCGGCGGGAGAGGUCCCGGCAGACUUUCUCCAUCAGGAGCAUCAGCGAGAACGGCUACAACCCCCAAGAGAACCUGAACGACGUGCUGCUGCUGCAGCUGGACCGUCAGGCCAACCUCACCAGCAGCACCGUGGCAGUGGUACCACUGCCCCCACAGAAUGCCACGGUGGAAGCUGGCACCAACUGUCAGGUCGCAGGCUGGGGCGCCCGACGGCAGAGAGGGCGUCUCUCCCGAGUCCCAAGGGUCGUGAACGUCACUGUGACCCCGUCGGACCAGUGUCGCCCGAACAAUGUGUGCACCGGCGUCCUCACCCGCCGGGGCGGCAUCUGCCUGGGGGACGGGGGCACCCCCCUCAUCUGCGACGGCCUGGCGCACGGCGUGGCCUCCUGGUCCCGGGGGCCCUGCGGCAGGGGCCCCGACUUCUUCGCCCGCGUGGCACUCUUCAGAGACUGGAUCGACUCGGUUAUAAACCAGCCAGUCGGACGUGCGCCAGCCUGACAGAACCCCAGCCCAGCCGGUGGGGGGCGCGUGAGCCGCCACGGAGCCAGCCCCCCACGCCUCUGUCCCAUCCCGCAGCCCCACCCUGGCCCGCGCAGUCGUGACUCUAAUAAAGGAUCUGUUCCCGUUCUGUCCACGGUACCUGAUUUCUGCUUUGCGGGGGCGGGAAGGGGCUGGGGGCCGAGCGCAGGGACAUCUUCCGGCAAGAGUGGCAUCCACCCCAGGGGCCUCCACUCACAGAAUCCGCUCGCAGCCCUGAGGACCAGGGCCUCUUGUUAUCUCCACCUGACGGAGGUGGCGCCAAGGCUCAGAGAGGUUGGGUGACUACCCUGAGGCCACACAGCCAGAGUGGGCUCUGAACCCACAUCUGUGAGAUUCCAGGCCCCCUUAACCGUCUCUCAUUUUGGUCGAGAAUACAGUCACCCCAUAGUGUCUGCAGGGGCUUGGCUCCAGGACCCCAGUGGAUACCCAAACCCACGGAUGCUCCAGUCCCUCAUAUCAAACGCCGUAAUAUUUGCAAGUAACCUACGCACAUCCUUCAGUGCACUUAAAAUCAUCUCUAGAUGACUUAAAAUACCUAAUAAAAUGUAAAUGCUGUGUA